AUGGAGAAUUUUCUGAGAUCCAAGAAGUAUUGGCAAGUUGUCUUCGAAGGAGUUGCUAAACCAGCAGUCGUCACAAUAGUGACACAUAGACAAAGAGCAGAGCUAGAAGCACAACGGUUGAAAGAUCUCAAGGUAAAGAGGCAGCAACUUCAAUCACUUCAUACGAAGUUUGAAACACUUCAAAUAAAGACGGGAGAAUCGGUGUCAGAGUAUCUCACUCGGACAAUGGUGAUCGUGAACAAGAUGCGGAUCCACAGUGACAAGAUAGAGGACAUGACCGUCGUUGAAAAAAUACUACAAACCAUGACGCCAAAAUUUAAUUAUGUUGUUUGUUUGGAAGAAGAAGCUCAUAAUAUUAAUGAACUUUCAGCUGACGAAUUGCAAGGUUCUUUAUUAGUUCAUGAGCACAAACUCAACCAGCAGGAGAAGGAGAAGGAGGAGCAAGCCUUAAAAUCAUCAGUAGAUAAUAAUUCAAAGCCAAGAGGAGAUAGAGGACGAGGUGGAAGCAAAGGCUGA